UGAACGAGCAGUCGCCACUACUACAACCAAGACAAUCCUACGAGGAGGACUCGGGCCUGAAGGUCGUCUCGCCGCUCAGUGAUGAUGACUGGCAGCACGACGGCGAGGAGGAGACCAAGAGCAGCUGGUACUUGCUGCUGCUGACAUUGUCGGGUCUGGGGUAUGUCAUACUACACUAUGGACUAUGGUGCUAUAGAUGGCUCUGCUAGACGUUGGGCAGCCAGCUCCCGGCUCUACGGAUCCUCGGUAGAGGAUGGUGCAAGGCUCGUCAAGCAUCUGUAGCACCUAGUCUACAUUUUUGUGAUGGGUAUUAUAGAAUAUGCUAACGUUUUGUCAGGCUUCAAAUUGCAUGGUCUGUUGAAAUGUCAAAUGGCUCGCCAUACCUACUAUCCCUUGGGCUCAGCAAGUCACUCCUAGCACUCGUUUGGAUCGCAGGACCUCUAUCCGGUACCCUUGUUCAGCCCUACGUGGGGCUGAAAAGCGACAACUGCAGAAUUCGAUGGGGAAAGAGGAGGCCGUUUAUAGUAGGUGGCGCAGUGGCGACUAUAGUUUCUCUCAUGGUCUUAGCAUGGACAAGAGAGCUAGUGGGUGGUUUCUUAAGCAUUUUUGGAGCGGACAGAGAGUCUCAGAGCGUCAAGACUUGUAUCAUUCUUUGGGCUGUAUUAUUUGUAUACAUUUUAGACUUCUCUAUUAACGUCAUUCAAGCUGCAACGAGGGCGUUCGCCGUCGAUUGUGCGCCCACUCACCAGCAAGAAGCCGCGAAUGCCUGGAUCAUGCGCGCUUCCGGUAUAGGGAACAUCGUUGGCUAUAUUUCCGGCUAUCUAAACCUACCGAAGAUACUCCCCUGGCUCGGAAACAGCCAAUUUAAAGUCUUAUGCGCCAUUGCAUCUUUCACUCUCGGCGCCACCGUUGCGAUUAGCUGCAGCACCGUCCCUGAGCGUGACCCGAGCCACGAAGAUACCCCAGAUGGCGGGGAUGGCAUUAUCGCAUUUUUCAAGUCCCUGUUCCGCUCCGUCCGCAAACUCCCACCGCAGAUUCGGAGAGUCUGCGAGGUCCAGUUCUUCGCCUGGAUCGGCUGGUUCCCGUUCCUCUUCUACAUCACAACCUACAUUGGCGAAAUCUACGUCGAGCCCUUCUUCGAAGCAAACCCGAACAUGACCCCCGACGAAGUCGACGCGACCUGGGAAAAAGCCACCCGCGUCGGCACAUUCGCCCUCCUCAUCUUCGCCCUCACCACCUUCACCUCCAGCGUCUUCCUCCCCUUCAUCAUCCCGCCAACCUUCAAACCACCUCCUCCCCCCUCAACAACACCCCUCACCCCCACAACCCCAGUCGGCAGUCUAUCGGCAAGUGGCUACUUCACCCCCAAGAAGCCCGCGUCCGCCCGCGUCUCUCUCUUCAUCCGUCUCUGCUCCGCAUUAACCUCUGCCAUCCAGAUCCCCUCGCUGACGCUCCGCCGCGCCUGGCUCCUCUCCCACCUCAUGUUCGCCGCCUGCAUGUGGCUCACCUUCCUCGUGCGCUCCACCACCGCCGGCACGAUCCUCGUCGCCCUCGUCGGCGUCCCCUGGGCCCUCACCUGCUGGGCCCCCUUCGCGCUCAUCAGCUCCGAGAUCUCGAAGCGCGACGCCAUCCGCCGCGGCCUACUGCAUACGGGUACGCACGAGGCAGCGCUCGUCGCAGCUGGCGAGGACGAGGCGGGGGCCGAGGGCGCGGACCAGGCGGGCGUCGUGCUCGGGAUCCACAACGUCGCGAUUGCGGCGCCGCAGGUUAUCGCGACGCUUGUGAGCUCGGCGAUCUUCAGGGUGCUGCAGAAGCCGCGGGGCGCGCCGGGGGAUAAUAGCGUGGCGUGGGUGCUGAGGUUUGGCGGGUGCUGUGCUGUGGUUGCGGCGUGGUUGACGCUGAGGGUUAAAGAGGAGAAGGAGAUGUUGGAGGAUGUGGAGAGGGUGGCACGGGUGGAUAGGCGGCUGGAUUGAGGCGGGUGGGGCAGUUGUGUAGGAUAAGACAAGAGACGUUUCUUUCUUUUUGGGAUAACGCGGUGUAUGGUAUAUGUGGAGUCUUUGGGUAUUGGGCAAUGGGUAGAUCCGUGAACGGUGUACGAGCGAUUACGGCAACUGCA